UGUGUAUUUCUUACUAACAAAGAUUGUUCCUCCCUUAACGCUGACCAGGAUUUUCUAACCCCCCCAUAUGUCCCGAAGAAAAUCUAGAGAGCAUAUCGACCAACUAUUUUGAUAGCCUCAACUAUCAGAAUAUUAAUUUGGAUUAUCGUAACAAAAACCCUUACGCCAUUCCCGCGAAUUUAAACCAUAAAAUGAUACCUGAAUAUUUCGACAAUAUACCUCCGUACAUACCCCCUCGAGUCAACUUAGAAUCUGGACAGAAUCCCAAGAGAAAUAUAAAUCUACCGCCAACAGUGAAACCGGUUGUAUUCAAGGAAAAUAUAUCCCAAAAACCGAAUAUGUCGUUCACAAUAGAUAUGGGUAAGAAGCCCGUGUCGAAAGUUUUUAAUCGUCUGUUUCCGACCGCGUGCGACACAAGUAAAGAACCGCCCAAGUUACCGCCACGUAAUUUCCAUUUAAAUCUCAAUGAGAAACCGCAACCAAAAACGCCCAAACCGAAUGCGAGAAGUAUAUUCAAGAAUUAUAAAUCCUGUCCCGUUUCUCCUGUAUCCGAAGAGUGCAAAUGGGCAGACAAAGUCGCUCAGAAUCAGAAUAAUAACCAAAUGACUGAUAAACCGAGAGAAAACAAAGUCGAUUCUAGAAAAAGAAACUCGCUUAGCUUCUUUGUUGGCUUAGAAAAUAAGAUCAAAGAUAGUAGGAAUAUCGUUGAUACUAUCAAAAGUGAUACGGAAAAAAUGAUCGCUGAGAUAACAAAAAAGUACGGGGAUUUAGAUGAAUUCGAACCGAAUGCGCAAAAUGAUUUAGAUCUGCAACCGACUAAAGAAAUAGAAGAGAGAGACGACGGUAACUUUUCAUCUGAUUCGUUAGAAGAUUGUAGUUUAAGUCAGGAUGUUAGUUGCAAAAAUAAGCUUUAUUCUAAGAAAAUAUGCAAGAAGCACAAUAAAACGAAUGGCAUGCCACGUAGAGCAGUUUCGAACUAUGAAAUAUAUGGCGGAACCUAUGACAAGCCGACGGUUCCUGUAAAACCACUGUGUGUCUCGCAAAAGAGUUCGACAUUGCCGCGAAAUAUGCCAUCAAAUACCCCAUUAGAUGAUAUCAUAGAUGAAGACAUGAAUCCUAACUACUCCAUGUAUAGAUGUCAAAGUGUUUUAACGAAACGAUGCGUUACGCGAUCAAAUGAAUCCGUGCUGAGUGAUCACUCUAAUUGUUCUAGUGUAUCAAACGAAAUAUUCUUAAAAUACGGCAACGAAGUUGCUUUCCAACAAGCUAAAUUCACAGAUAGUCGGUAUAAUUUAAACGAUUCGCAGAAUUGUUCAUUCGAAAAUAUCAACGAACCGGAUAUGAGAUAUUUAGAAAACCAUAGACACAGCAGCGCAAGUUUCUUCUUAAAUCAGAAGAAGUAUAUGAAAACGAGUUGCAGUCAAGAAUCUGUCUUGUCAGACGAAUUUAUCGAUAAUGAUAAUCAUUUGUCGAGAACUAAUUGUAAUUCAUUGGAAAGUGUUUUGUCUGAUGACUCUGAGUGUACAAAAAGUGCUCCUUUAGAAAUGUUGUUCGAAGGAACUAAAACUAUACGUUCUAAAAACAAUCCUAUAGGAGUACCCAACAGCCAGAGCUGUUACGAAUUCGAUAAUUCAUCGAAGAGCUACGGCUCGAGUCCAAAUAAUGUACCUCAUUUAAGUGGUUAUAUGUACAACAAUUAUUUUGCUGAAGGUUCUAGUCCCAGAAUAGAUUUUAAAGACCAAGUACCACUCGUCAUUAGUCCGAAACCUCCAAUUCAUAAGGUUUAUGGAUUCGAAGUUCCAGCAGCAGAAUUUUCUGGACACAAAACUGUUACAAGAUCUAAAAGUUUAUACGACUCCGCAUCAAAACAACCACCACCAGCAAAAAAUAUCGCGUAUUAUUUUGACGGAAGUAAUAUACAACAAUAUAACAAGGAUAAGAAAAAUAUGGAUGAAAUACCAAGGUUAAAUCAAGGAGACUAUAUGGCACAUACAAGUAAAUCCCUCCAACCAAAAUUUGCAGACAAACAUAAGUAUAAAAGUCAAAUGGAAGGUUGUGAUCAAAGCACGAUGGUUAAAUCGAAAAGUUGUAGCUUCGAAGUAGUAUUAGAACCAGCAUCUAAACCAAAUCCCUUGAAAAAUCUAAUGGAGAAACGAAAUUCACACGUAAAGAAAAAUCUAGAGAAAUUUGAAGACCAAAUAAGGAAAAAUACUCAAAGUAAAGUUAAUAAAAAUCAACUAAACAAAGAGAAAGCAAAUGUUACAAAAUAUAACAACGCGACGAAAAGCCUUGAAAGGGAUUCCGGACAGAAAAAUAACAACGUUAAAAUAACAAUGGAAUUCGUGCCCCAUAAACCCCCUAAACCUAUUAAACGAACAUCAUCUAUCAAGCUUAACAAUCGGUUAAAAGCUGGUUUAGAUAAAUCAGCCCUCAGUUCUUCCAUAUCCUCACAAUACAAAGCUAAAUUAGAUGGCUUGCAUAAUAAAAAUUUCAUUUCUAACAAAAAACAAGAAGACAAAAAUUCAAAUUUGGAAGAACCGCCAGAUAAUUCCGAGAAAACAUUUGACGUUUUCGUCAAAGAAAAAGACGUUAAUGAAAACAGAUCCGAAAUUCAAUUAGACAGUCUUGAAGUCUAUGCAAUGCAAAGAAUCGAAAGGAUGAAACAUGUAAGCGUGGACUCUCUAGAUGUUAUCGAAGAUAGCCAUGACUUUGCGAAGGAUUCUCUAGACUAUUACGCAGAACAAGAAAAUAAAUGCUAUAGUAAGUCACUUAAAGAUCAAAAGAAUUUUAAAUUCGCCAAAAACGAUUUAGAUAUGCCUUGCCACAGCCGUCAGAAUAUCGAAUCCAAAGAAAAUAUUGCACCGGAAGAGAGUGAUGAAGUUAAAAAGUUUAAAUACAUUGAGCGAAAGUUAGAAAUAAUUAACAAACUAGUCGAAAUGGAAGAACGGAAAAUAUUGCAAGAGAAAAUACUUAAAGAAUGGCGCAUGAGACCUUUGAAAGCUAAUAUCAACGACGGUAAAGGUGUAGUCAAAGUUUUAUCGAGAAAAUUUGAAAAAUUAGCUACAAAACAAACCACUGUUCCUAAUUUUGCAUCGUUGACACUAGAGGAAGUGGACACUGACACCGAUAAUUCCGAUCAGAAAGAGAUAAAACGGAAUUUGAGUCUUCCGGACAUACUCGAUACCGAUCAAAUCGGCUUGACGGUAGAAGGUGUUGAUGUGUCCAACGAAGCCGGUAAUGAGAACAUAGAAGAACAAGAAUUACCUGAACCGAAGACUCAACUGAAUAACACAUUUCAAAACAUUUUAAAACCACCGAAAUCACUUCCACAAAGGGUAUACAACGAAAUGGUUAUACCGAAAACAGACGUACAUUUAGACAGUGAGAAUUAUGAAUCGUCAACCACAAGCUCGAGCUGUACCAAUUCACCCAAGCGAAUGACCUUUUACGGUUUCAAUAGACCAAAAACUCCAUUUAGAAGAAUAAUUCGUGUCCCGGCACCAAGGCUGUACAUGGAUAACCAAUACAUUGCGUCUUCGAGUAGAAUUCGGCCGGUUUUAAAUUCAGGGAAUGGCGUAAGGGGCUUGGUUCGGAAGCUGCCCAUAGGUCAUGCUCCAGUGCUACCGUCGAAAUUUUACCCUAUAACAGGUUGGAUUCGCAUGAACUUUAUGUCGUGUCGGUCCCUUUUAUUUGCGCUUCGUUUCUAGAUUUUUCUUUGGUCUUACAACCCCUAUUGUAUAGAUGUUUUUAGGAAGAGCUUUAGGUAAUUUGUGAUUUCUUGUGAGGAAAAUAUAUAAUUUAUGCUUUUGACGUUUGGCGUCACAACAUUUCACAAAUCGUUGCCUUAAUUAUUUUUGCGAUGUCAGCAUGAUCUCUUUGAUUUAUGAUUUUUGUUGCGAUGAUGCACGGUUUUGAAAAGUUAUUUCGCUUAAUUUGUUUGUUCCAAAUUGGGUGAAACGUUGGCAAUAAUAAUGAUUAUUAAAAUAAGUAACUUAUACACAUUUUUUUAUAUUAAAAUUGUCUGCCAGUGUUUUUAAUAUUGGAUCAAACGUUUGACCAAAUUGUUAGCAUUGCAUGAUUAUAAAUUGAUC